AUGGCGCCUUCCCCAGUGACAGUAAGUCUAGAAGAUUUACAAAGUGGCAAUGUGUCUUUCUCAAUACUCGAAGAGGCCUUUGGCCCCGAGUCUUUAGGUAUCAUACUUGUCAAAGAUGUUCCAGAGUCAUUUGUAGAGUUAAGACAUAGUCUACUCUCAUAUUCAUCUUAUCUUGGAAACUUGCCCGAAGCCAGGCUAGAGAAAAUCGAAAACGCGGCUUCAAAAUAUCUUACUGGCUGGUCUCGUGGUAAAGAAACUCUAAAAAAUGGCCAAGUGGACACACUCAAAGGAUCAUACUAUGCGAAUUGUGCCUUUUACGUCGACCCAUCUUUAGCAUGUGCGAUUCCUACUCCUGACUUUUCACCUGAAAGUUUUCCCGAAUAUCUCAGUCCAAAUUUGUGGCCUGGAGAAAACGUAUUGCCUGGUUUCAAGAACACCUUUGAGAAAUUGUGUCGAAUUAUUAUUGACACCGGAGUACUGGUCGCUCGGGCUUGUGACAGAUAUGCAGAGAAGGAAAUUCCAGACUACAAACCUGGGUACCUUGAGCACGUUGUAAAAACUUCAACAACAACUAAAGCACGAUUGCUGCAUUAUUUCCCAGUAGAAGCCAAGGACUCUUCUGAUGCUCUAGACGAUGAUUGGUGCGCAACACAUCUGGACCAUGGCUGUUUAACUGGACUCACAUCGGCUAUGUUCAUCAACGAGACUCGAAAUCCACCCGUGAUUCCAAUAUCCUAUUCAGGUCUUCCAACUACCCUUAGCCCUCUUAGAGAGCUUCCUGCGUCUCCGGAUCCAACUGCAGGACUUUACAUUCAAUCUCGAAGUGGCGAGACUGUUCAAGUUAAAAUUCCCAAAGACUGUAUCGCUUUCCAAACGGGAGAGGCCCUCGAAAGAAUUACUAAAGGUAAAUUCAAGGCAGUUCCUCACUACGUGAGAGGUGUGCGACCAGGAAUUGCAGAUGGUGAAAACGAAGGAGGAAGAAUUGCAAGAAAUACGAUUGCCGUCUUUACUCAACCAAAUUUGGACGAGAUAGUAGACUCAGAGAUGGGCAUUACUUUUGGGGAGUUCGCGAGAGGAGUGGUUGAGAAAAAUACAACGAAGUGAGGUUAUUUGAACAGAUUAUUCACAAGUUCAUACGGAAUACCCAAUACAGUUUUGUUUUCAUCUAAAAAUAUUAUCAUUAUGCUCAAUGUUUUAGCGAGGGGGUAUUGGGGGAAAUAUCGAAGUGGCGAAGCGCAUAACUUUCCAGUAUCUCAGCCCAAAGGGCCCCCCAUUUGCCCCCCAUUUAAUUGUAUCGGAUUGAAAUUCUUCCACCCGAGUGAAAACAACAACUAUAUUCAAGGAUGGGCAGCGGGUACAUGAGCAUCGGGAAGACAUUCCAAGACUGGGAUCUUUAUCACUCUGGUGGCAAUAACCCCUAAACUAUUACUCGUAUCUCAAGUUCCUGGAGUCGUCGUUUCUGCUAAAGUUCGUCUGGUGCUUAAUGGUAGUGACCUGUCGCACCAUCAAGAGGCUCCACCACAUCCACCAUUAGCAGUAUUUUUUCUUAUAUUUCAAGGCCUUAAAUUGACCCCAUUUCUUUCUUUAACAGGAGCUCGAUCUUUCAAAUAGAAAUCGAUAAAAAGGAAGGGUUGCCGGAAAGGUUACAUCGUGUUCAUCAACCUUGUUACCUGCCGGUUGUCUUUGUGUGAAGCCCCUUUCAACCGACCAAAAUAGUGCACAGCCACCAUGCAAGCCACCUUAUAUUUUAGUGAAAAUGCAAACCCCAAAAUUUGAGCUUCGACGGCAACAUCAUUCCUUAGGUAGCUUUGACCCUCGGCUUCCAAAAGUUUUGUCAAGAACGUGCCUCGAGCGUGCGUAUUUUGUGCAUUAGAUAGACUUUUUCCUUUUGACUUUCUCAUCACCUGUGAGGGUGUCACUUUCAUACCUACUUAACCUCUUUUGGAUCACUAGUGUAGUCAGUGUUCAUAGAGAUUGAGACGUUUUGUUUUUCUAAUGUUAUUUCUUAAAAUUGUAAAUCGAGUUGGAUUAGACAAAAAUGUGAACAUCGAGGAAAAUGAAAAGUGGAAUGUCGUCCUGUACGUGGUGAGACGGUUCCAGAGCAAGGCGAAGGUCUCUAUUGUUAUGCAUGCACUUAUGCGGC